AUGUCAGGUAUAUUUACGGAUACUGAGAUGAAUGAGCAAUACCAGGAGGACGAUGACUUUAACCAACAAGAAGAGCUAGUAAGUGACCAAGAUAUGAUGGAUGAACAGAAUGAAUUCGAACAAGAUUUCGGAGAUGAAUUUACUGAGGGAGCAUAUUUUUUUGAAUCUGAUCAGUCAGAAGAUAUCCUUGAAGCUGCUUAUGCGCUUGCAUUUGAUUUUUAUCUGAAGUACUCAAAGUCGAAGGGCUUUAGUGCAAAGAAGAGCAAGACCUUCAAGAAUAGUAUUGGCGAGAUUUACAAACAAAAGUUUGUAUGUCAUAGGCAAGGAUUCAGGGAGGAGAAAUAUUACAUGAUGGAAAUAUUACAAACUACUGAUACAUAUAUUUGGCUCCUGCGUCAACUCAUGUUUGCAAUGAAGGGCAAGACCCUGACCUCAAUAAUAACUUAUGGGGCCAUGGCGAUUAGGAAUGCAGUAAGAGAUGUAUUUCCCGAACUCAGACAUAGAUUAUGCGCUUGGCACCUUAUUCGAAAUGCAACUAGCAAUGUUGAAAAUCCAUCGUUUACAUCUAAAUUCAGAAAAAUCAUGUUGGGAGACUACGAGAUUCCCGUGUUUAAGCAUAAGUGGGUUCAGCUUAUUGAAGAAUUUGGCCUUGAGGAUAAGCCGUGGGUGAUCAACAUGUACAAAGAGAAGCAUAUAUGGGCUACUGCAUAUAUAAGAGGAAAAUUCUUUGCUGGCUUUAGAACUACCUCAAGAUGUGAAGGUUUACACUCAGUUGUGGCAAGGUAUGUGGGGUCGCGGUAUGAUUUGACAAGUUUUGUAGAGCAUUUUCAAAGGUGUGUUGCACACUUGCGCUUUAAAGAAUUUAAUGCGGAUUAUGAAUCUACACGUAGGGUGCCCGUCAUGCAGACUUGUAUAGAGCUACUAGAGAGAUAUGCUGCUGAGUUAUACACUCAUGAGAUUUUUUUUGUUUCGGCCAUUUCUCUCUAG